AUGUGGUCAAUAGAGGAUUUGAAUAACAGGCAGUCUUUUGAAAUUGAAGAUGGUGGGUUUGGAUGUGGAAAAGUUGUUAUCACACAAAUGACGAGAGAUAGCGAGGGAUCGUCCAAUGUGAAAGACAAUCUUUAUGACACUCUUGAGGUUCUAAUAAAAUGUACACAGGAUAAAAACAUAAUGGAGGUACUUUUUGAAACAAAUACGGGAGAGGUUAUGCAUAGACAGGAUUUUGAGAGCAUGUGGCCUGAACAUGUUCAUAGUGUGAUUGAUUCUUGGGCUGCUGUUUUAAAUUACGAGGAACAAAAGUCAAAAAGUAAACCAUACCGCCUAUUCUUCAAUACCAAAAUUAUGAGUUUUGAGUUAUUAGAUGAAACUAAAUCUUUUGACGAGCUUUUUUUAACUUUUGAGACUCGUGUUGAUAAGUUUCUAUCUAAUUUCAAGGCAGAUGUAGAUUUCAAUGAUCUUAAACUCGUGGUUUUUCCAAUACAUAAUGGUGAUCAGAUGUAUGAUGUUGUUUUCAACCUAACAUAUCCACAAGUUCAUAUUAUAGACAACAUAAAAACAAAAUCGUUAGAAGAAACGUAUGGAAUGACACCUACAUCAUUAAAAUUGUACUUUAUACGAUAUCUGGAGAAAACUACAUUUAUUGUCAAUAAAAUCAAAGGUUUGCGAUCAACAACAGUGAAGAUGAUAAAAAUUGACCGGAACACAAAGAAGUUGACAACAGAGAAUGGAGCACUUUUAAUGAGACAUAUGGAAAAAUAUUGUGGAGAAAAACAAGGAAAGUGGAAUGUGGAAAUGGAAAAAGGCGGUGAUGUGCAAUUUAUAAAAUUACGUGCUUUAUAUUCUGUUAAGAUUGCCACAAAUGAAAUCAACAACCACAAGGAGAGAGUUAUCAAAGAGGCAAUCAAAUUUGGAAAAUUUGAUCAUGCGAAUAGAAGAAAGAUGUUAGAGGAAGGUAUAAAUAGAAUGGAUGAAUUGGAAAUGGGUAAUAAAUAG